UGCAUAUUCUUAUGUACUCUGAAAAUCUGAUAGUGUCCGCUGAAAACCCUAGACCCUUCGCGUUUCAGCAACAUCUAUCUUCUUCUUCGUCUACUACUACUUCGGCCAACGCGAAACCCAUGAGCAAUGAGAUCGCACAGAAGCCUCCCCCUUCCAUUCUCGUUGGCAGGUUCAAGGCUAUGCUCAAGCAGCGCGACGACGAGCUCAGAGCCACCGCCGGUCACGUGCCGCCUCCGUCUACGGAAGAAAUCGUUCAGCUGUACGAGAUGCUGCUGUCGGAGCUCACGUGCAAUCUGAAGGCCAUUAUCAACGAUCUCACCUUCAUCGCUGAGCAGCAGAGGGAGCAUGCCAGGGGCAUCGCCGACGCUAUCUGCGCUCGGAUUCUCGAGGUCUGUCUCGGUUUCCGCGGAAAAGUUCUUCUCUUUUUCUUUUUGUUCUCGGAGUUUUGUAAAAAUCCCAUUUUGGAGCUAGGAUCGAAGAUACUGCCACUGUUAUAUUUGGGUGAAAGUUUCAGUUUUCUUAACUUGAAUGACAGAAGUUGGGUUCAAAGUCUUUCGGAUUUUAUUUUAUUUUGUUGUUUUUGUUUCUAACAAUAAAAGGUGUGUGAGAGAGAGAGAGAGAGGGGACUUCAGUAACUCUGCUAUUUCCGCUUUUAGGUCUAAUCUUAUCUGAAAAGCAAUGUCGCCCAGACAUAGAGUGAACAAAUCGGUUAUCCUCAAAUUGUACUAUAUUAUGUGUAUUAUCAUCAUUCAAGUAAAACAAUUAGUUGCUAAUGGUCAUUCAAAGAACAGGAAUUAGUGCAAUCUAACUGAUUAGAAAAGGGAAGAUUAGGUGAAAGUAUGCAAACACGUUUGAGUACUUUAAUUCCUUUCAGGAAACUCUAAGGGGCGUGCAAAUUGAAUCUGGCUUCGUAUCUAAAGGAAGUUGUUACUUUACUUUUGCUGAAUUGAAGUCUUGCUAUAACUUGCCAAAGAAAGGUGCCUGCAGAGCAAAAGCUUCCUUCACUCUAUCUUUUGGACAGUAUAGUGAAGAACUUUGGACAGGAAUAUGUUAGAUACUUUGCAUUACGCCUGCCCGAAGUUUUCUGUGAGGCAUACAGGCAGGUUCAGCCUCAUUUGCACCCUGCUAUGCGCCAUCUCUUUGGCACCUGGUCAAAAGUCUUUCCACCGUCUGUCCUACGCAAGAUUGAAGCUGAGUUGCAACUUUCUCAAGUAGUUAAUAAUAGUCAAUCGUCCAACAUGAAUCCCCUCAGAGCAUCUGAAUCUCCUAGACCAAGUCAUGGCAUACAUGUAAAUCCAAAGUACCUGCGGCAGUUGGAGCGCUCAACUGUGGAUAGUGUUGGUGGUGAAAAGUUUGACAUAGCAGGAAAGGCUAGUAAUACAAAUUUUGGCAUUGUAGCUAAUAAGACGAAUCAAUUUGUAUCUAGCAGACUUGGAAUAUCCUCUUCUCCUUCAAGAAUUGGUCUAGAUAGGCCUUUGUCAGUAGCAGAUGAGUAUGCAGUUGACAGUUCUUCUGGAAGGAUGGUUGAGAGAGAGUCUCCUCAUAAUUAUGGAGUACCAAGAGUAGUAGGUAGAGAGGAAGAAUUGGGUGAAUGGCAGCGAAAGCAGUACCCUGGUGAUGUUCGAAAUCGAUUUCAAACUCCUUUGACAUACAGCCUUAGUAAUGGACAUCCGCGUCAAAGUCCAAGAGCUUUAAUUGAUGCGUAUGGCAGUGACAAAAGCCAAGAAACUUCAAGCACCAAGCCUCUUAUACUUGAUCGGCUAGAUAGAAAUGGUAUCGACAACAAAGUGACAUCAUGGCAGAAUACUGAAGAGGAGGAGUUUGAUUGGGAAGAUAUGAGUCCAACAUUAGUAGACCAUAGUAGGAAUAAUGGCUUCUUGCAAUCAACUGCUUUUUCCAGGGAUAAGCCUGUUGCAGUAGCAGCUAAUGCAAUUUUGUCAGAGCAAGAUACAAGGAAGGGUUGGUCUGGUGGGUCUCAGCUUCCUCCAGUAGAUGAUUCUUCUGUCAUAGCAGCAGAUGCAUUUCCCCAUUCAGUUUAUGGUCGUGUAUCCAUGGGGCAGGUAUCUGGUUUCCAAAAUCAAAUAAAUCAGAGUCUGGGUUCCCGUCCACCUCAUGAUGCUUGGAAGGUUUCUCAAUCACAAACCAUGCUUAAUAUUAGGGGCCGAGGAAGAACUCUUUUGAUGCCUCCUAUUGAUAACAAUCCCAAUAAUGAUGUAAACCCCUAUGGGAUUCGACCUGCAGUGUCAAGGAUGGUUUCUGGUAUUGCCUCUAACGUAGAGCCUCGUCCACCAGUUUUGCCUGGAUCUUUUGAAAUAAGACCUUCUGUAACUGUGCAUGGCACUCGUCCUCCCACCUUAAAUCCAAUAUUUCCACCGCAAAAACAUGUUAGAAGUCAAUUUGAUGCAAUAAAUACCAGUAAUCCCAUUAUGAAUCAUGGCCCAAAUAAAUCUCUGUUCAUGCCUGAACAGCCAGGGCUGGACAUUGUUGAAAACAGGGAUGCCAGUAAAGGAAAGAUACAUCAGUUGCCUAAUCAGCUGGCUGGAUUGCUUCCAUCCAACCUGCAAAACCUUGGACAAACACCACAACAUUUUUUCCCAUCUCGGGAUCCAUCAUCCUCACAAUUUGGUCAUGGAAACUCUCUGCAAGGGCAUGGUCCUUCUUUAAGUGCAGCUAUGUCAAAUCCAUUACCUAUUACACAGUUUCCUUUACCAGUCCAAGGUAUUGCAAAUAAUUCCUUACAAUUACAGGGGGGAGUCCAUCCACCUUUACCUCCAGGUCGCCCUCCUGCUCCUUCUCAAAUGAUACCACAUCCAAAUGCUGGUCCAUAUGUAUCAAACCAACAGCCGGCUGUUGCAUAUACUAAUUUAAUUAGUUCGCUUAUGUCCCAAGGCGUAAUCUCAUUGGCUAAUCAACCCUCUGGACAGGAUUCUGUUGGAACUGAGUUUAAUCCAGAUAUUCUGAAGAUUCGUUAUGAGUCUGCAAUCAGUGCCUUGUAUGGAGAUCUCCCUAGACAAUGCACGACUUGUGGACUAAGAUUCAAAUGCCAAGAGGAGCACAGUAGUCAUAUGGAUUGGCAUGUAACAAAGAACAGGAUGUCCAAAAGUCGCAAACAGAAGCCUUCUCGUAAGUGGUUUGUGAGUGACAGGAUGUGGCUUAGUGGUGCGGAGGCACUGGGAACAGAAUCGGUUCCUGGUUUUCUGCCAACCGAGACCGUAGAAGAAAAAAAAGAUGAUGAAGAGUUGGCAGUGCCAGCUGAAGAGGACCAGAAUACAUGUGCAUUAUGUGGUGAGCCUUUCGAUGAGUUUUACAGUGACGAAAUGGAGGAAUGGAUGUAUAGAGGAGCUGUAUACCUCAAUGCACCCACCGGAGCAACAGUGGGCAUGGACAGGUCGCAGUUAGGUCCCAUUAUUCAUGCCAAAUGCAGAUCAGACACUAAUACGUCCCCCUCUGAAGAUUUCGGGUUGGAUGAAGGGGGUGCCAAUGAAGAGGGCAGCCAAAGAAAACGAAUGCGGAGUUGACCAGUUUUGCGCACUGUAACUUAAAUAAUUUUUCCAAUAGUGAGCUGCUCUUACAUAAUUUUUUAGAGUAGAGAUGAAGCUUUGCAAUUGCUUGGCCUCCCUGCCAAAAUCAUGUACAUGUAUAGUUGGGUUGUUUAACAUGCAUAUUUUCUCUUCCUUCCUUUCUUUUUUUAUCUCUUGUAGUCAAAGUCUACUUGUUAGCCUGCUAAUAUCUCCUUUCCGGCAAUAUUAAUAGUUACAUACAGUACUAUAUUAUUAUAUCUGGGAUGGGGGUUUUUGAAACAAUGAAUAUGAAUGUGUUAGUUCACUUAGUUGAGUAAAGUUACCUGUAGCACCAUCAGCUUGUUCGCGUGGCUGUGUAUCUAUGACCAGAUCGAGAGAACCUUAUCUUUUAUUGCUUAUGAUGAAUGGAGAUGCAGGGAUUUCAUAUC